AUGAAAAACAUUUUGGAAGUUUUAAAUGCUUUUGAAGAUAAUUUAGGGGAAAAUAAAAUAAACUUGGAAACUUUAACAGAAACAAGUUUUAGACAAACAAGUUGCAACUUUUUUAAUAAAUUGAGAAAAAGUUGGUCAAGUUUUACAAAACAAGUUUUAACAAGUUUAACAACAGAAAACAUUAAUAUUGAUGUUUUGUUGGGGAAAAUGUUGAAUGUUUAUAGGUUUUUAAGUUUUGGAAUGUUUUACAACUUGGAAAUUAAAAACAAGUUUGUAGAGAAUUUUGAGAGAAUUUUCCAACAACAAACAAAUUUAAAAACUCCAAACAGUCAAAACAUCCUAAAUAAAGCUAAAAACGAUUAUUUAAUAAAACAACUUCGUAUAAAAACAAUUUCUAUGUUUUUAGCUAAAAAUACUAACAAAAUAAUUUUUGAAAACAAAAAUUAUUUAAUAUUUGAAAAAGAUAAAUUUUUGAAAUUUUUUGGAAAUUUUAUUGAAGAAAAUGGAAUUAUUAAUUUGGAUUUUUUUGAAAAAAUAAAUUAUUUAUUUAAAGAAAAAAAUGAGGAAAAUGAAAAUAAAAUGAUUAAUUUUGUUGAGGAGAAUGACUUUAAUUUGAAAAAAUUUGCAAAAAAAUUGUUGAAUAAAAUUGAAAGACAAAUGAAUAUAAUAGAUCAAGAAAAGCUAGGUAAACACAAGACAGAUUUUUUAAAGACAGAAGGACAUCCCUUGAAAAGUCGAAUUUUAUUUUAG